AUGCAUGCCACGGUCGACAGUCCACCCUCUGCUGCGACUGACAUCGCGCCUUCUGUCGCGUCCGCUACGUCCGUCUCACCUCCUUCGGUGGCCCCCGCAGUCUCCGGCUCACCAAAUGACCCUGGUUCCUCCUCUCUCCGCCGCCUGAAGUCCAAAUCCUCCCUCUGGAGUAUCGGCAGCAGCAAUCAGAGCCUUCACGAAGACGAUCCCGUAUCCCCGGAGCCCACCAGCGCUGAAAAGCAUACGUCCCGACCGAACAUCUUCCGUCGACUGUCUCCCGCCCUGGCGGCCCGGGUGAAGUUGCUUGAUGGUAGUAACAAGGUGACUAGUGCCCCUCGGAAUCCCAACAACGUCGGCCGAAUCCCCGAAGAGCACCUCAAGGAGCUAGACAACCUACACCAGGACCUAUCGAUCAAGGUUGAACGGAGAGGCCAGACGUGGAGUGGUCCGACCCCAACAUCACCCACCCAAACAUUUACGUUUACCCGCAGCGCGUCCAACAAACUUGAAAUCCCUAGUUCCGACCUCCAGCAAGAGAUCCAAGACGCGCUCGCGCAGGGGUCAGAAUACGCCGACGCGGUCAUCGACAGCCCAGAUCCCCCCGUGCUCGUCGCCGCCGCCAGCGGUCCUUCACCGGCAUCCAUGUCUGUUGCAGAGCCAGCGCCAGAGCCACUGCGUGCCGACCCCGAACCAGAGUCAUUAUCUGACACCAACCCCCAAGAUACCCGGACCGACUUUGAGAAGUAUGUCGAUGACACGAAGCGCAGCGAGGAGCAGGCAGCGGACGCGGCAUCCGCUCCCCCGCCCAAGGACUCCCUACCCAACUAUACCCUCGCCUCGGCUUCCAACUCACAAUCAUACUUCAACCCCAUGGGGCUGCAACGCCCUGAAUCAAUAUACUCGUUUUCCCGUGCCUCGUUCAGUAACCAGCUGUCCCAGCUGACGUCUAUACCACUGCCGCGGCCGUCGUCGCUAGAAGCCAGUAUAAGAAAUAUCUCCACGGCUCUCGCCGCAGUGCGCGCACUGAACAACGCCGCCGAGCAGAUUCAGAUUUGGAUUCGAAAGGCGUCAGAUGUACUUAGUGGUCUGGAUUCAGAGGAUGACGUUGAAUGGGCGGCGGCCGGCGGGCGAGAGGGUCUGGAUGGCGUAGAUAGGGCCAUCACCCGUUUUGAAUCCCUGGUCAACGUGUACGUGAAAGCGAUCGAGAACGUGCAGCUCCGCGACGACAUCGCCAAUGUCGAUACCCAGAACUUGACAACCAUUGUCAACCAGAUGGAGCUGAUCCUGCAGAACUGGGCACAGAUAAAGUCCAAGCUGCGAGGUGUGAAGGAACAGGUGGAAUUGGCAAUGGAAUGGGAGGAGCUUUGGUCAAACGUACUCGGCGAUGUCGGGGUGGAAAUCGACAACCUGAGCGCGAUGAUUUUUGAGAUGGAGGAGAAGCGACAUCAGGCCCUCAUGGAUAACGGUACGGAAUCGACCGGUGGUCUUGACAUUAACGAGCUCGAGACCAUUGUGGAAGAGUCCCCGACAAAGGGCCGCUCACCGGCCACGAAUCGCCUCAGCAUUGGACCGAUCUUGGCAGCAGCCUCCGGAACCCCGAUCAUCAAGACCCCGCAGGACGAUUCGAGCCACUCUAACCUGAUGGCGCUGUUUGCACGCAUGCAGCCUCUUCGGGCAUCCUUGGAUUUCUUACCCAUGCGACUGUCCAUGUUCCAAUCUCGGGCGGAGGGGCUUUUCCCGAGCGCGUGCGAGGAGCUUGACGACCGAAAGAGCCGACUGGAGAAGAGCUACAAAGUGCUUGAAACCGAUGCCGAAGCCUUGCGUAAAGAGUUGGGAGAAGAUAAGUGGAUUAUAGUUUUCCGCAAUGCGGGUAGUCAGGCGCAGAAGAUGUUCGAUUCAGUUGAACGCAGCAUUGCCAAAUUGCAAGAAGGGCUCGAGUCGAAUGCACAGGUAAACAACCCGGCAAGCCUGACCAAGCGGAUUGAGAACUAUGAGGCGAAGAAGAUGCACUAUGUGCCUGCUAUCGAACGCGUUAUAUCGAUCAUCCAAAAGGGUGUCAAUGACCGGUUGACGGUGAAUGGCGAAGUUUUGCGGCUGUUGUCCGACAUGACUUCGCGGACGAAUGCCCUAAAGACCAGUCUGAAAGUCAUGGAUGCCUCCCUUGAGGAUGUGCAGAUUGUGAAAGGCCAACAGCUUCGGGACUCCAUCUCGAGCAUCAUCACGAUGGAUAGCCCGGCGACUGGCAGUGCUGUUGAGACCCCAGGCAGCUCACCGGCUUCCUCGGUUGUGCUUGGGAAUGGUUAUAAAGGAUCUACAACACCUAUGGGCUCAAGCCGCCGCGAAAGUUCGGUUGGAAGUGCCACAGCACGGUCUACUAUGUCCAAGGUCCGACGACUAUCUGGACUACCACAGGUGACAGCGACGCUGACGGGUCGCAAGUCUUCGAUCCCUAAACCCACAGCCCCUGUCACCCCGACACCAGCUAGCCGUACCUCGCGUGUCCCGCAGCCUUCUACGAUUCCAAAUCGGCCCCGCUGGAGUAACAGCACUAAUCUAAAUGCCGUGACUGCCGUCACCCCCGGCACAUACCGCAAAACCUCCGCACCGGCGCGUACACCUCGUCCUUCAUCAACCCUUCCCUUCCGCCGCGAUAUGUCGGUAUCGCCAGCUCCCAGUCCAGGUCGGUCGAUGAGCCGUAUAUCAAGCCGAUUGGCAUCCCCGUCUCACAGUCCUGUACGAAAUAUCUCCUCCCCGACACCCGCACGGUCAUCUCUCCUUGACCCGCCACCGUAUAGCCGUCUUCGCAGGCCUUCGGGUAUAGCGAAUACCCCACGCAGCCGACAAAGUUUUGCCGGGAUGGGCUCGGCAUUCAGCCGCAGUGUUUCGUCUCAGGGCCCCGAUCCCCUCGAAAGCCCCAGCAAGUCAACCCGCCCCGGUACUGCUUUGGGUCACUCUUCGAACCGACGCACCAGUCUCCUCCCCUUGCCCAAAGCUCGUGUUGGGAUGGACAGCACUGCCGCGCAGACGAAGCUCAACGCACGACCACCAUGGCGGGCUUGA